AUGAAAUUAUCAAUCAUCACUUUAGCUUCAUUAGCUACAUUAGCCACUGCAAUCGACCAAGAAGAAGUCGCUGCAGUCACUGCUCUUUACGGUGAUAUCAAUGGUCAUUUAUCAGACUAUUUAAACUAUAUCCAACAAGGUAAUGCCCUACCAGAUGGUUUAUUAAACUUAUACCAAGAAGCUCAAACUUAUAAAGAUGAUUCUUACACCACUUUAUUAUCAACUGUUGAUUUCAACGCCGUUGAAGGUUUCGUUACAGAUAUUUUAUCUUGGGAUAGGGGAACAUAA